AUGGCUUCAAGACCCAAGUCAGUCCUCAUCACUGGCUGCUCUUCCGGUGGGAUUGGCGAAGGGCUGGCCGAAGCCUUCCUUGAGAAGGGAUAUCAUAUCUUCGCCACUGCCCGGACACCAUCCAAGAUCUCACAGCCUCUUGCCGAAGCACCAAACGUCACCGUCCUGACUCUUGACGUAUUGUCCUCCGAAUCGAUCGCCGCGGCUGUUGAGAGUGUCACGGGGGUGACUGGCGGCAAGCUCGAUGUUCUGGUCAACAACAGUGGCAGGCUGAUGGUGAUGCCUGCUUUGGACACGUCGAUUGAAGAGGGCAAGAGACUGUUCGACACCAACUAUUGGGCGGUCCUGGCCAUGAUCCAGGCUUUCGCCCCGCUGCUCAUCAAGGCAAAAGGAUAUGUCGUGAACAAUACCUCUGUGAGUGGGGUGGUUCCUUUCGGAGCCUUCGGGAGUAUCUACAACAGCUCCAAGGCUGCUGCCAUUCUUGGGAGUGAAACUUGGCGUCUCGAGCUCGCGCCGCUGGGAGUCCGCACCCUGACCCUCGUGACAGCCGCCGUCAAAUCCAGAGUCUUCGCCAACAUGACACCAGUGACUAUACCCGAGAACUCAUACUACUAUGGGAUUCGGGACUAUAUCGCAGGAUUGUGCGACGGCAGGAUGCAAGAAGACGGCAUCACGGCGAGGCAGUUCGGUCUCAAGGUGGUCCGACAGGUCGAAAAGGGCAAUACGGGAAAGUACUGGGUUGGUGGAGGUGCAUUUUCUGCUCGAUUUGCUUCGUGGCUGCUACCGGAUUUCAUAAUGGACGCGCUCUUAGCCUCCCUGUUCCCCUUUGCUAAGCUGCUAAAGGCCCAAUCCAGAACAAAAGAGUGA